GAGAGUGAAAGAGAGAGAGCGAGAGAGAGAGAGAGAGAGAGAGAGAAGUUUCCUCUGCUUUUGGCGCAUGUUCGCGUUUCGCUCACUUCACACGAUGGCACGCCUGUGUCAGCGUGCAGCGCUGUUGCGUCUGGAGCCCCGUUGCUAUCAAGGAAAUUGAGGAAUCUAGAAAGUGUCACCAUGGCCGAAUUUGGACAGAGCAAGCCCACCGUCGGUCCACCGGUUGCUGGUCGGAAAGCUUCGUCAGGGGGAGCCGGAACGAGGCUGGAGACGCACCGAGGGGAGCCGGUGUCAAACGGAAACUGCAGCGUGCAAGACACCGUGAAGAGGGUCCAAAACGAAGCCAGUUGCGAGUCCCCGACGUGGGAGAGCGCAAGUCUUGAUUCAGGCUCCAAGACAAUCCCACGACGCAGCAGUCUGAUCAAGGUAGGCCAUAAUUUCUCCAGGGAGACACAGCUAAUAUUGCUUCGAUAUUUGUGGAGGAAGCCUUUGAACAAAAUAACGCAAAUUCUUCCAACUCCAAAGUAGACUGAAAUAACUAUCUCAGAGAAGAUGUCUAAGACGGACAAAGUCAAUAAAAACACUCGAAAAGGCUACAACACGCUUCUGCUAGAGUGUUGUGCUGCUUGCAGAGAGCCUAAAAAAACACAAGAAAUUCAUUGAAGUCAUGAAAAUCUCCUCUGAGUCAUGCAUACAGCUCUGUAACAGAAACACUACUGAAAAAUACAGAUCUGUAAACACACAGUUAAUGCACUGUGUAUGGGCUUCCUGUCAGCUUCCUCUCCAUCUGUGACAAAUAGCAGAACAAUCAGUCACCUCAUUUCACUCACAUGUCACUACUGCUGAAAAAACUUAAUGAGAAGGCCAUGACUGAUAGGUAUUUUAAGUCAGCAUAUAUUAUAUUUUGGCUGAGAUAGUGCACUACCUGCCAAACCCAGACAGCUGAUUUUCUGAACAAAAAGCCUUGACAUCAACUACAUCUGACUGCACAGGUCUUAAGAAACAGAUAACUCACACUGAUCUUUUCAUUUGUAUCAUUUAAUUAGCUACCAUAUCAAAAAGAAUGAUACAAUUCAAUGCAACACAGUACAAUGCAGUACAAAAUGACUUCUUUAGAGUAAGUUGAGAUGUCAUACUACACCAUAUCACACCUGAUUUAUCAUAUCAUACAAUUCUAUACAAAACGGUACAAUAUGAUACAUUACAAAACAAAACAAUAUGUUAUGCUAUAAAGUCCUACAAUUAAAUUUUUAGCUAUGGGACACUAUAUGGUACAAUACGAUACAACAUGACACAGUAAGUUAUGAUACAAUACAAUAAGGUAAAGUACGACGGUAGAGUAUAAUAUGAUAUGAUAUAAUAUGAUAAAAUAUGGUGUGACACAAUAUGAAACGAUAUAAUAUGAUACAAUAUGGAACAAUAUGAUAUGAUGUAAAAUGACACAAUUGGACAACACACAUGAUGCAAUACAAUACAAUACAAUACAUGAUAUGAUUGCCACAAUAUGAUAAAAUAUGACAUGAUACGACACAAUAUGAUAAAGACUGAUAUGUUGUGGCGCAAUACUAUAUUGUACAAUAUGAUACUAUAUAAUACAACACGAUUGACACAAUACAAGCUGAAAUAAAAGUUAUGAUAGAUAUGAUAUGAUACAUAAUAUGUUAUCAUGCAAACAAUACUCUUAUGCUAAGCUUACAAAACUGUUGUGUAGAUAGGUAAGAUUAGAUAUACUCCAUUUUACCAGUUUAUACUGUGGUGUUUCAUACAGCUUAAUGAAAUGCAAUACAAUGAAAUACAUUACAAGACAGUAUUAUUUGCACAAGAUCAUAAUGUUUCAGUUUAAUACAAUAUGGUCUAGUAUAAUAGAAAGUUAUAAUGCAAUAAGGCAAGGCAAGGCUUUUUAUGUAUACCACUAUUCAUACACAAGGCAAUUCAAAGUGCUUUACAGAUGCAAGGAAAUACCCAAGAAAUGAAAAAAGAGAGAUUAAAACAAUUAAAAAAAUCAAAAAGACAUUUUGAAAUCAAUGACAUUCUAAAAUGUAAUUUAAAAUCACUAAAAAAGUUGAAAUUGACAGGUAUCAUUUAGUGUGAUACAACACCACAUGACAUAAUAUAAUACAACUUGAUGUUAUAUGAUAAGAUUGGGCAUGAAUGCUGCAAAUAUCAAGCUGACUCAGUAACAAAGGUGUAUAGAAACAAAACACAAUAUCAACAACAACAACAAUAAUAUGUGUUUUUUAAACUCAGCCGUGCUGAAGAUGUUUGGCUCCAGCCUCAACUUAAGUAAGUGCUCUCACUUAUUAGCACUUCAUCAGCCAGAAAUGAGGAGGAGGAGGAGAAAGACCUAAUAAGUGAACCCACCUGCUGUGGUCUUUGAUUAGAAUGUGAAAUUGCAUUCUCUCCGCCUUCUUUGGCUCACAGUUGAAUACCCCUUUGUUCAAUUAACCCCACUGCCCACACUCAGUUCAACUCACAUUUCAGAAAAUGUCACAUUUGUCUGCACAUAGCCCUGGAAACAGUCAUCAAACUUCACUGUUCAUGUUAUUUUUGACUCAAAAGGCAUUUAAAGUUUCGACAUAUCAAUAGCAUCAAAUCAAUAACUCAUCCCCUGACUUUUUCCUUUAAUAGUUUCAGCCUCCGGGCAUGUGGGAGGCCUUAUAUUGAUCCCUAGUUGCUGCUCGUCUCCAGAGCUGCUGCCUGCUAAAACAUGAUGAUUUGAACACGGUUUCAUCUGUAUCUGAUUGGCUCAGCAAGACAGGAAGCGAGCCAGUUGGCCAAUUUCCUCACAGGGUUCAUGUUGCAAUAUUGCUAUUAAGUCAUGAGCAGUCGGUGAUGACACCUUCCACUCUUUUUCACUGCAAGACACGCACAUUAACACACAAAUAUUUCUCACCUCUCUGCCUACGCACAGGCCCACUCUUGUCUUUCUUCUGUUUGUUUCAUCGGUUCAGCCAGGAUUGAAAAAAAACACUCUGUUUGCUCCAGUGAGGUUCUGCCGUCUCGUGCUGGGUCAGAAUUGGCGCUAAAUAAGAUCUGGCUCCGUGUGCCGCUUCACAUCCACUGCCAUGUUUGAUGUGUGACGUUAAAUAGCUCCAGAACACAACAUCCACCCCGGGUAUUGCCUGUAAGUGCAUCCUGUGUAUUGAAGCAAAAAUUAGCAUGCAUUUGUGGUGCGAUUAUGCAUUUGGCUCCUGGAUGUUCAGUGGGCACAUUUAAUGCUGAGAACGUUCAGUGAGUGAUCAGCGAAGCGUCAAGCACGGUGGCGCAUGUAUAUGUUUGCGCUCACCCUGCAAACGUGCUUGUGUUUUCAAUCACAGACACCUGAGGCUUGAGAUGGAUGCAGCCCAGUCUGAGUACGGGGGAGUUAUGAACCCACCUGUCAACACAACAGUGUGUUUUUCUGUGUUUGCUCAGCUCCCCCUGUGGCUAAACUCAGGAAUCCACACAAUUGUAGUCUGGGUGGUAUGCUGGCAGAUAAACAGGAAACAUGACAUUCCAGUCUGCCUCUAACAGGAGUCAGGGGAUCUGUGUCCAGUGUGUGCGUGAUUGUGUGUGUCUGUCUGUUCUUCGUGGCCAAGUUAAUGAGUGCAUCCUUAAUUAUGUUUCAUCAGUGUGUACUUCAUGCCCUCCGCUGUCCUCCAGUUUAAUCCGUCUGACUGUGGUGUGCGUGAAGGCGGUGCAGAAUCAGAAUCAGAGCCCACUCAGUUUGUGUCUGCUUCAAGUUCAUCUUGAUGAAGAUAACCAUCAGCUACUCUCUCCCCUCUUAGUUACAAGCUUUGAUUCAGUAACACACAUCAACACACAAAAACUUGCACGGGCCUGCCUUCAAGUAACACACGUCAAGACAUAACAAGCUGCCUUACAGUUCUUGCAUUACUCUUGCCAGCAUACACCAUCAAAAAGCAGAAAUAUACAGUUUGCAUGUUUGAGUAUUCAUGUGAGAGAGUAUGUCUGUGCAAAUCUUGCUGUCCUUAUGUGUUUUUCAAAAUGCAGUGUGGUUGUGAAAUACAUUUAUAGGAAAUUAGGAACUGUCUUGAAUCCUUGCGCACGCUCAUGUUUCUUCUUGACUGAAAAACAAAGCUAAGACACUGUGAACUUAGAUUAAAAUGAACAUACAGAGGAAAGAGCUCCAGAAUAAACCAGCUACAUGCAACUGGAAAGCUCAAUACUUUUCAUGUAGGCCCUGAUCUACUAAGAUCCAAAAUAGUGAGCGCUACAUUGUGUGUGCAAACUAAAAAAUUGCACGUGCUAAUUGUAGGUGUGUUGUGGGUGAUUUGCUAUCAUUGUGUGCGCAAUUGAUAACGAGUGCAAAAGUGGUGCAGACCCUCUUUAAAGGAGGAUUUUGCUUGCGCUAUUGGCCGUCACCAUGGAGAGUUUGUGAGAGCAGAGUGUUUGAAGCCAUAGAGUUGCACAUAUCGUAUUGGGGAACUGCACAAAAGGCACGGCAAGUUUAUUUGUAUAGCACAAUUCAUACACAAGACAAUUCAAAGUGCUUUACAGAUACAAGAAGAUAUACUAGAAAUCAAAAAAAAGUAUUAAAACGAUUUAAAAUCAAUAAGACAAACAGAUAAUUUUUUUUCGUCUGCUCCGUGUUUGACUAGAUUAUUUAUGAAAAUUGUCAUUUACUAGAAAAACGAAAUUAAUCACAAGUUUUUAGACAAGGAUCAUGGCAUGUAUCAUUGCACUUCUGCCUCCUUCUCCCCACAAUGACCGUGCGUAAUGCUGUGUCAGUUUGCAUGUGCCUUUCAAAUGUGCUUUAUAUAGAACAACAGCGAUUGCAAUUGGUUUUCGGGUUUGAUAGAUCACACUGUGGGUGCUAAAUGAUUCCAUUUGCAUCUGCUCCUCCCAGAAUUUUAUGCAUUUUGAUGAUCUACAUUCUGUAUAUUUAUGACGGCAGACAUGCUAAAUCGAUUGCACGUCUUGUUCAUUUGACAGACGCAAUCCUUGGUGGAUGCUAGCACCACAACCCUUUGGUCCUUCCUGCAAGUUCCAGUCAUGCCUGUUCUGGUUACACAGUACUGCAGUUAAGUUAACCAGACACUACCUCCAUACGACCAUAUCUCAGUUUUUGAAAUUUAAAUGCAGACAAACCAUGCUGUGACACAGAUGCCAUCUGUACGUCUUUACAUUUUGAUAAUAUUUUUUGAAAUAUUAUAGCAAUGUGACAGCCCCAGCUAGUAGCAGGGACUGGCAUUUCAGACCUUUAGUAAACAACAUUAAUAACCAGUAGGGUCCACAUCCAGAGGGUCCCUGGGUCACAGCUAGUCUGUCCUCUUUUUUUUUUUUUUUGUUUUUUGUAUGAAAAUCGAGUAGAAAUCCAAAUUCCACCAAAUCUGUCAGACAAAUGUGUGAGCGGUUCCACCCAACCCUUUUGGGGAAAAAAAGAAUAGUUUAGAAAGUCACCAGUGAUUGGAUGCUCUGGUUCAAAUCUGGUAAUUCUCACUAAUUCUCACUGUCAUUUUUGCAUCGUAACUUGUAACUAAGUUUUCAGCUGCCCAAACUCAUAUAGGGAACUACAGUGCCUCCUAAACAGUAUACUGUGUGACUAAUGUUCAGACCAAAGUGCUCAAUCGUUGCUGGAGCCAAGCGGCAACUUUUCAAAAAAUAAAGUAAAUUUGUUAGUGCUAAAAACUGCAGUUUCUCAAAUGUCCACUUGAGGCUGGUUCCAAAAGGCCAGGAGACACUUUUAAUACCCAUGUUGAACUAUCUCUAUUAUAAGCAGAAAUCUUCAUUCUCUCCUCCCAAUCUUUUCUCCUUUCAAAACUCAGGACUAAUUCUCAAGCUGUUUUGAGUUCUGAUGCUAAGCUACCAGAGAAAUUUAUCAUAUUUACUGAAAUGGUUAGCAUUGCUUGGCAGUUUUUGAGCCGACUAACUUUAUUAGUAAUCUGCCUGUAAACAAAUUUGAUAAAUCUCUUUAUCUGUUAAUAUCUUGAAACUUUGCGAGCAUAAUUGGGAUCUAAAAAUAUUGCCAAACAGCUGGGGAGGGGAGUUAUGGAGUAGAACUGCCCAGAUCAUCUCCUGCAAGCUAAAUCAACAUCUUUAGCUAGCUCUAAGCCCUUUAGCCUAUGUGAGCAUGGCCCUGCACGGCACAGGGAGUAGAUAAAUCUUCUCUCUGAUUGUAAUAGAGCCUGAUGACAUAUUACACUGAGCCACUGUGGUGAUUUAGCUGCUGCACAUCUUCACUUCAUAAUCUAAACCUGGUCAUGCAAGAGCAAAGCUAUAGAGUAUGUGAUUGUGUGUACUUUGAUUAUAUAGUGCGUGGAUGUUAUUCGGCCUCACCGAAGUCAUCACUGGCUUGUGUGAAAGCCUCGCCCUGUAGUUAACAGCUUUAACCACCUGCUCUUGGUUUCAGUCCUCACAUCUCACCUAAGCAUCUUUGACGUUUGUCAGCUGACACUACAGUUACUUUUCUGACAAGAUGACCUUUCAAGUUAACUGUCGACUUGGUUUAUUCUCUGCGUUGCGUGUUUGCUGGUGUGCUUAUGUGCUUAUGAGUGCCCAUAGGACUUCAGUGGUUAAAGCACAAAAGAGCAGCUGCUGCUCCUCUUGCCACAAGGGUAGGAAUCGUCGACCUGAGCAUUUACUGAGAAUCUUCACCACAUUUUCAUGCUGAACAUUAUUCACAUGUACAAUGAGCUGCUGACAGAGUGUCUUCACCACAUUGGGUUUCCUGUGCUGUUUAAUGACCUGUCAUCUAUCACAGUCUCACACAAGUCCCACUCUGACAAAAGACAAGAAGACAUUCAGGGGUUUAACAGAGGGCGGAAAGUAAUUAAACUGCAUAAUUUUGCUAUCAAUGCAUUUGAACAUUCUUAUGAUUUAUUCUAGAAAAAAUAAGAAAUGCUCACGGAAAUGUCCCUGAGGGGUGGUAUCAUCAAACUUCUUACUUAUCUUGACCAGAAAUAAAAAAUCAAGCCUUAUUCAUGUAGGAUUUUUCAUACAAUUCAUAUGAAAUUCUAGGUGCUUUACAGAGAUUGAAAAUAAAAUGGCCCAAAGAUGACAGAAAAUUAAAUAACCAAAUGUUAGCAGUCGGUGAUUUCAUCAUUCUUAUGAAAAUAAAAUGCAUAAUAAUAUUGCAGAUUACUGUAGAAAGAGAUUGUUUAUACGGUACCUAUAAAUCUUCAGUAUGAUUGCAUCAUGAUUUCAAGGAUGUAAGCGUUGAACCCAAAGCGCUGCAUGCUUAAAAUCAGGCACACAAAGCUAUGCACUGUUCCUUGAUACUUUGGAAAUGUUUGAAUAACAUUACAGAUUAAUGUUCAGUAUAAAAAAAAUUUUGGUAUCUGAGUAACCAUCCAUCAUUUCAGAUGGUAUGUAACCUGCUUUCUUUGGCUUCAUCAGUAAUAGGUAAAUGACACACUGCACAAAGCAUCAGAGCUGUUGCUAUGGUAACCUGCAGUACAAUAGGCCAUACCUUGUGUGGUGAUUCAGAGCAGUGAAUUAAUUGUUAAGUGGAGGUAUAAUUUAAUCUUUGGUUUUAAAGCCUGCCUGCCAAUCAAAAUCAAGCACAUCCAUUGUCAUGGUAAAAUGCAGUAAGAACUAUGACUCCUUGGACAGAAAUAGAGUUGUUUUUCUCUUCUGUGUUUUUACCCUAACAUUUGAUCUGUAUUGUAGGGUUGUUAAUUGUCUCUCUGAAGGCCUCUUCUUCGCAUCUAUACAUCAUCUGUGUUUCUUGUACAUCGCCUGCUCACCUUUCUCCAUGGUGUCGUGCCUUAGUGUGAGAGGCACUUGAAUUCACUACUCCAUUUAUCAUCCAUCAUGAACUGUCAAACACACAAGGCCACAGGAAAGACAGCUCAGCCUCCCGUCCAAUUUACACUCCUCAGUUCAGCCUUUUCGCUCACCUAAUAACCGCCUGUCCUCCUCAGAUCUUCUGUUCGUCUCAAUUAGGGAAUCAAAGACGACGCCCACUAACGACCUUCAUCUUUAUUCUGCUGACUCGGUGAUGCUGCAAUUACUGUAACAGGCCAACUGCAUCUAUAUGAACAUACACUGUCAUACAUCAUAUAAUGCAGGCAUGUAAACGGGCUAAUCAAGGCCAUGCUAGUGCCUGUAGGCAAAUAUCAUGUGCAGAGGUUCUGUCACUGUAUACAUUAAGAUAUACUGCCAAAGAGCUCCUGUGUUCAUAUCUCUGCAACCUCCCUCUAGCUCUCUUCUUUCUCCUUUACUGCUAUUUAUUGUCAAUAUUGACUUCAUAAAUAUGAUUCCCUGUCGUCCUGUGUGCUCUUCUCUUAUGGCUCCUAUCCCCUCACCCCAUACCUACCCCUGCAUGUGUCCAUCUGCCCACAUAGUUUACAUGGUACAUAUAUACUGGUAGGAAAUCAGUCUUCUGGAAGUUGAUUUGAUUUGGAAAAUGUCUGAAUACAUUUUCAAUUCCAAUUUAAUUUUGACCUUUCACUUCUUUUACUGUAACUGAAAAAUUAAUCUCUCCACUCUCCAUUAAAUGCUGCAUUUUACUGUUGAGCCCGUAAUUAGAAUCCUCCCCAUUCUUUAUGCUUAAUCAAUAAUUUUAUCAUAAUUUACAAGUGAGUAGAUCUGAUUCAACUGCAAUACUUAAGAGCCUCCAUUCAUUAAAGCUCUGUAUUCAUCAGGUCAUAAAAGUGCAGACCUAUAUAAGGACAGGGAUGUGCGCAUGAUUAGCUUUGACUAUGUAAUGGGGAAAAAAAGGCAGAGAGACUAAUAAGAUCCUUGUUUUAAUUGAUUUUCGCUGGAAAACUGUUGCUGCUGUGCUGCCGUAUCAGUUUCAUAAGAACAUAAUGAGUUCCAUGAUAGAGAAUGAUGGUCUUUAUUGUCAUUCAUAUGUCUAUUUGUGCCAUUUGCUUUAAGAAAAUAUAAUAAUAUGAUUUCUUGGACCAAUAUGAGCUUUUAUUAAAUCUCUUUUUAUUCUGCUGGUGCAUGGUUUCUUCCACAGUGAACAGAUGCAGAACUCCAAAGUUAUCAGGAUGAUUUUUCAACCUUUUUUUAAAGAAUAAAACAGCCACUGAAAGAAAAUAUCACAUGGAUUCCUAAUAUGCUCUCGAUAAUUUCAAAUCAUUAAGGCCUCAAUAUUUGUGAGAAAUUGCCUCUUACUGUCACACACAGUACUGUCUUUGGUGGAGGUGAGGGGACGUGUCUGGGUAGGACAUGCAGGAGGAGGAGGAGAGUGCAGAAGUGGUGACUGUCUCUAAGCUAAUAUUAAGCAACAUACUGUGUGUUUCUGCAGAAAGACUCAGCAAUGAAACCCACAAUACUGACAGCUGCAGUGAGCUAUAAAGAGCAUUAAAAUGCAAAACUUCUCAAUAUGAACACAAUCAUCACUCCCAAGCUCACUUGAUGCAGAUAUUUUUGCAGAAAGCUGUGUGGGAAAGUUAAACCUUCUGCAUGCACAAACUCAGACUAUGUGAAGAAAUUUCCAGGAGUGCAUGUAAAAGGAAGCUUUGUCCUUUAAUUCAAAAAGAUUUUUAUCUGGAUCUUCAGUUCCCUUUAGCAAUAAAAAGUUUUUUAACCUCUGUGAGCUCUUUGUUUCUCCCUCACAAACUACUCUUCGGUUUUAUCUCUUCUCUCUCAUCAGGGUUGGUUUUGGUCACAUUAUGCAGCUGUUUUUCAUCAACUUUAAACACAAACAGCCUGAGAACGCAUGUGAGAGAAAGAUGUGUAAAACUUUUGCCAUUUGAAAUACAGCUAAAGUACAGUAAAAUUUUCAGUGGUGGAAAAAUGUUCAACCUAAAAAUAUCAAAUAGGUUACUGGAACAAGUGCUGUGAGAGAGUUUUCACACCACACACAGUGACAUCCGCCUACACUGAGUCACUUUCUGUUGUUCCUAAUAACUCUUCUGGUUCUCAGUGUUGUCACCUCACUCUGCUCUCAGUGGAGCCACAGGAAGUUCUGUAUGUCAAGCUGACGGGCAGCUUCCUGUUUUUCGUGCGGCGGUUGUUUUGGAGACUCAUCUUGCUCUCUGUCGGGAGAAACAAAAUAGAGCCUUUGUGAGAGGGAAAUGCGGCACAGUCCAACAGAGAUUAAGCUAAAUGAAAGUUGAGUUUUAUCAGGUGAUGGAGGCUAAACUUAUUUUGUUCUUCCGUGUGUGUGUUUAUGCAUGCUUUAAUCUGGUUGGACACUGUGUGCUUCAAAUUUACCUUUUUUAUUUCAUUCAUGUGUUUAUCCACUUAUCUCCUGUUUGUGCCCUCUAGUUUUAUCUUGCCAGUAUAAUUUAUUCAGUCUUCAGUGACGUCAGCGAGGUUUGUUUGUGUGUUUGAACUCUGUCUGCCUCCCUGUCAGUAAUUGAUGCUGUAGACUAACAGAGCUAAAUGUGAGGGACAGCGCCGUCCACAUGAGAUAAUCAAAUCCUGGCUGAACAGGCCUGUGGGAGAUACCUGGUGUUUCCCCCCUUGCUUCAAACAGGACAUGUGACAUUGAUUUAAUUUUAAAAGGACAAUGGCCAUUGUUUGAUAAUCACACUACAGUCAUUUCAUCUGCUGUCACUCUUGCUACAUUUGCAAAAAAAAAAGUGAGAAAAAUUUAAUGUCAACGAAAUCUUAUCCAAGUAUUAGCUAGCUUAAUAUUAGCUUUUAGGUAGUAUUAGCUUUUAGUUUAGUCCUCGCUUACUGUUUAGAUGCUCAAAAGGUUAUUUUAGCUGCUUCCAACUCUGCUAUUUCAAUGACAGCUGUGUGUUACUCAGGAUUUGUGCAUUUUGUCUACCAAAAUUAGCCAAUUUUUUAGCUAAAUGUGACUUUGGCUGUUAUCUGGCAGUUGUCAAUAUUAAGUUAGCUAGAAUACUAAAAAAAUUACUAAAUUUUAAAGUAGGCUAUGUUCUGUAACACUCUCUGGAAUUAGUAUUAGCUAGCUUAAUAUUAGCUAUUAGGUAGUAUUAGCUUUUAGCAUGGUUCUAGCUUACUGUUUGGCUGCUCAAAAGCUUAUUUUAGCUGCUUCCAACUCUGCUAUUUCAAUGACAGCAGUGUGUUACUCAGGAUUUGUGCAUUUUGCCUACCAAAAUUGGCAUUUUUUUUAGCUAACUGUGCCUGUGGCUGUUAUCUGGCUGUGGGUAUUUAACUGCUGGUCAACAUUUAGUUAGCUAGAAGCCUAGAAGUGUGCUAAAUUUUAAAAGAGGCAAUUCUGUAACAUGGUGCAGUGUCAUAUUAUGCUGUGUGCACGUUACCUCGGAAGUCGGUGCUGAAAAUGUCGUCACACCAGAGUUACCGGUGUUUCAGUUACCAAGUCGGAAAAAAGCAAAAUUGGAGGUGAAACAAAAUGGUUACAUCUACGAAAGUUAUUUUAGCGCUUGCCUUGUCCGAAUAUAACACACAAGGCAAGCGCUUAAAUAUAUUUCGUAGAUGUAACCAUCUUGAUUCCAGCUCCAAUUUUGCUUUUUUGGUAACUGAAAUACUGCUAACUUGGGUGUGACGUCAUUUUUAGCUCCGACAUCUGACUUCCUAGGUAACUUGAAUGCAGCAUUAGUCAACAGCCAAAGUAGCUCACUGUACUGAGUCAGUAGAGCUACUUCAGUUUGUGGACUAUAAAGUCAUUGUUUAGCUUGUAAUUUGAUAAGUACCCCUGCAUUGUUAACUUUUAUUGUCUUUUCAGUUGCUAAUGUCUGAGGAAACAGUGAAAUAGUAUUGAUUUUCCAGAAAACCUCAAUUCAAACAACUCUUAACAGUGGGCCAUUAAGCAUCUGUUCUCCUCAACCUGAACAAUAAUGUCAGAGUUAAAUGUGUGCUUUGUGUCUUCAGUCAAUAUUAUUGCUGUCUGUACACCACUGAUGAUGUGUAGGAAGUCACACAGCGUCUUUGGAGACCCUGUUACAGAUGUGAACUUUUCGACCCCUGCACAGUGUUUGAUGCCGGUACAGCCUCUGAGAGACCAUAAUAAUGCCACAUGCUUUGAGAGAUUUACAUUCACCUCUGUAACAACGCUGCAUUAAAAGAGACUGUGUGAUUGAUAAAAGACGGAGCAGUACAUUUCUGCAGGAAGGUGCAUGUGUCUUUGAGCCGUCAAUGAUUAUUGUCUGAGCACCUCGUUUUGCAUCAUACGUGGAUUUCCCUAGAGCUUUCUAUGAAAUUAUUCAAACCCAGCCCUGUUUUUAAGAUGAAAGAGAGAGAUGCUUGGUUGCAUGGUUAGAUUUUCAGAUUCUCUCCCUGCUGCCAGGCUGGAGUCACAUCUGAGGCCUCCUAUUUGAGGAAGAGUUAAAUUUAGAGCUGUUUGUAAAAACUCUCCAAAGGGGCCAGAUUUUUUUAAUUAGAACACAAAAUCAAUUAACUCAAUUACAAGUCAGCGCUUUAUUUUGUUAUUGGAUCACCUGCCACCUACGAUCUGUUUUUAGGGGCUAUCAGAGCUUUGCUCUCUCUGUCAGCAGUUUUUAGAGGAAAGGAGACAUUUUUAAUGGGAGGGUCUCAAAGUCCACGCCCUCUUUUUCCCUGCAUCUAUCAUGCCUUAAGGCACCAGGGGUAUUUUUAGAGCACCACCUUCCUCCCGCCCUUCUUCCCUCACCACGGCGGCCUCAUAAAAAAAACUUGUCGCCAUUGGUAACACUUCUCCAUCCUAAUGAGGCGGUCUAUGAGGAUUUGUGAUGGUUAUGUACCCUCCUUUUCCUCUGAGGGAAACUGUUUCAUCCUCAGUGAAUUAAGCUUCCCCUCUUUUGCAUGUUCAUUCAUACUCUUUAAAUGAGAACACAGCUCGGGUCUUUUCCCUCUCCCCCCUUUUCUCUUAUCUCCUUUUUGCCUUUCAUAUCCUCUAGAUUUCUUUCAGAUCAAGGGUCCCCUCCUUUCUUCUCUUAUGAAAGACCAAAGUUCUCUUGAGGUUUGAAAUGAACUCUUAUUUGAAUGAAUCAGAGACAUGCUAAUGAGAUUAAUCAGACACUGAUUAGUAUUCACUGAUGUUCAUUAUAAAUAUUAAAAUGUCAAUCAGCCCAAUGCUGAUAGGAUGGACUAAGAUGGAUAUGAGCUCCAUAUGUUUGGAGAGGUUUUUCAUCAACAGGCUGGAUGGGUUUGAUCUUCCAUGAGUAACAAUCAUAUCAGCAAUGAUCACAAGAUUUUUAUCUCAUCAAAGUAAUCGCACAAGUUUUACUUUUUGUAUACACACACACACAAAUGUAUGUAUGUGUGUAUAUAUAUAUAUAUAUAUAUAUAUAUAUGUAUGUAGUAGUUAUUUGUUAGAAUUUCAACUAGGGCUGGGUGAUAAACGAUAACAAAAUAAAUUGAAAAUUAAUUUCCUCAAAAUCAAUAUAAAACAUGGUCAAUAUCCUUUUUGAUAGCUGGCAUUCUGCCAUGUUUUGGUAGACUAUAUGAAUAGCCAAUGAAAAGGGGAGUUGCUCUGGGUCCGCUUCGCGUUGAACCAAUCGUGAUGAAUUAAAACAAAGUAGCAAACAACUGCGUAGUAGCAGGCUGCAGCGACACGCAACCGUAGCACUUUAACACGUGAAGCCGACAGCACUGUUGGUGAGAAAAAAGAAAAUGAAUGCUAACCCCGGCAGAAAUGCAGAUGAAGGUUUAACAGAUGAUGACAUCGUCGACCACACUGGCACGAAAAUGUUGGUGGUGUGGUGGUAUUUUGUUUUUUUGAGGUCGGACAUGAAGCAGAGUAAUGUGCACUGCAAAUGAUGCUGAGUACAUGUUCUCGUGAAGUCGGAGAAUACCUCUAAAUUUUUUUCACCGCCUGAUGCAGUGCCAUGUGCAGCUAAAACAGCUGACCAUUCAGUCCGCUUUCUCUAACGCAAUGCCUUAUGACAAAACGUUGAAGAGACACAAAGACCUCACAGAUGAUGUAGCUUAUAGUGUUGCUAAAGACAUGCUACCAAUAAGCACUGUUAAAUUACUUUUUUUGUAUCGUGAUUUAAAUUGAUAUCGACUGAUAUGAAAAAAAUAUAUUGUGAUAAACUUUUUCCCAUAUCGCCCGGCCUUAAUUUCAACAAAAAGAUAAACUUUCUCAUAUUACUUGUUGGGCCAGGCGUGAAUUAUCUUCAUGACAAUUUUGAUGUUAGGAAUGAAUGCAGUAGUUGUAGUCCCUUUCCUGAGGACCUCUGUUUGUAGAAGAUCUUGAUGCGCUGACACCAGCCUCUUGUGAAGCUCUCCCAAGUGCUUGAUUUCACUUGACAGUCCUCUCAAGGCCGCGCUCAUCCCUGUUGUUUGUGCACCUUUUCUUAUCACACUUCCAGCCAGCUUUCCAUGAAUAUACUUUGAUGCAGCACUCUCCAAUCAGCCAGAUUUGGCACUGACCUUCAGUGACUUCGCCUCCUUGUGGAGGGUGUCAGACAGAUUUCCAGACACCUGUCAGGUCUUUUUGAGAUGCACAUGUGUACAAGGCAUGGAAGAUGGUUUUGGCUCAGCGGUUGAAUUGCACAACCUGUGUGCAAGUGCUGUAAUCCUUGAGGUGGGCAGUACAGUUUUUUUUUUUUUGAUUGAUUGAUUGAAGUUUAUUUUGAACAUAAAAAAAAAUAAUAAUAAAAAAGUAAAGAAUACAACAACAAAUGACAAAAAAGUUAUUAGAGUUCAAAAAGGAGUGGGAAGAAGUCGAGACUUAUCUAGUCCCACCUUUUAUCUACACUAAUGGUUUAAAUAUAUAUCAUAUAUAUCAUUAUAUAAUAAUAUUAAUCAUCAUAGUAAUAAUAGAAAUUAAAAAAAUAAAUAAAAUAUCACCACAGUGAAAAUAACAAACAACAACAACAAAACAAUGAUGAUAAUAAUAAUAGUUACUAUGAAUGUACAUCCCUGUUUCCCCUGAAAACAUAUUCUUUAUAUUUUGUUUUAACUGUUUUAUGUUUGAACAUUGUUUUAACUCCUCACCCAUACCAUUCCAAAGUCUCACCACACAGAAUGAAAUUGUUUUCUGUUUGUACGGAUUUUAUUAAUUUUGAAGAUAUACUUCCCUCUUAAUUGAUAACCCCCCUCUCGAUCGCCAAACAAAUUCUGAAUAUUUUGUGGUAGAAGGUUAUUUUUAGCUUUACGCAUAAUUUGUGUGGUUUGGAAUUUCACAAUGUCUGUAAGUUUAAGUAAUUUCAACCUAGAGCUCUUUGCUGUGCAUCCUUGGUGUCUUUCUCGAUCCACUGUUUAAUAUAGACAGAAAAACCAAAAGUCCCUUAGGGGAGCUUUGUGUCAUGGGACUCCAGCAGAGUAUUAUUUAAUAUCAACCAUUUGGUAGGAGUUUUGGCACUGUGGGCAGGUGCUAAAAUCCUGCUGGAAAUGUAGCAGUUAUCCUGUCAGACUCCAAUACAAGAUACAAGGACAGUGGGUCCCUCAUAACAUUUUGUCAUCUCUGUUUUGUAGGAGUGGGAGAAAAAAUCGAUACAGCAUAGUAUUGCAAUAUUUUGUCUGGUGAUAUAUCAUAUCGUCUCAUUGACCAAGUAUCAUUUUUUUCAAAUUAAUUAUCAGUAUGAAGUCAAAUCUAUGAUAAUGGAAAAAUAAAAUCAACUGUUUGUCCAGUAAGGUUGGAGAGGUGACAUCAUAGAGCAGGAGAAAGUUAGUACAACGAAUAUAUAAAAGAUUUGCAAGAUGUGCUUCAUGAAAUUAAAGUACAGCGUAAAUGAGCCAAACAAGGAAAGCCAAAUACUAAAUUAGCUAAACAGUUGAAAAAACUGUAUAAAUCAUAAUACAUUGUAUUGCAAAAUGUAAAAAAUUGCAAUAAUAUUGUAUCAUGGCCCAAGUAUUGUGAUAAUAUUGUAUCGCGGGGCCACAAGUGAUUCCCACCCAUACUGUUUUUCUUUCCUACAUGUAAAAUACAAAGCAUGUGAGCAGCUUUGUAAUGAGUAUGUGGGUGUUUUACAUCCUUAUCACUCCCCCUAGGAUUGAAUUAGUUACUUCUAUGUCAUCCUAGUGGCCCUCCCCUGAAUUAACUUCAAUUUUAGUCUUUAAUUUGAUUUGAUGAGGACCCUAAUAUACCCAUAAUUGAAUAACUACACCCCCAUAUAUAUACACACUUAUCUGUUAGCAUAAGUCUCUCUGUGGGGGUGACAUCUGACCGGUCAAUAAAUCAGAUAGAUGAGCUGUGAUGGUAAGCUCAGAUAAACUGAUUGGGUCUUCUGGGGAUGUCGUGGAGGGGCAGAGUUAGCAUGCUGCAGCCCUGCCUGUGUCUAGUCAGGUAUGAUUAAUGGUGUAAUGUUGAAGGGCAAGGGCAAACAAAAGCUUUUACCAUCAGAAAAACAAUAACAGAUUGGGAGGAGGAGGAGAAGGCUCUAUGAGGAAGAGUAAAUAAUCUGUGUUAAUGUAUGGUUAUAUAAGCUGAUAUGCCUUGUAAUCCUUUGUGAUCCAUUCUGCACGAGAACAAUGGUUGUCAGGCCCAAGUAGAGCAUGCUCCUCACGGUCUGUCUUUCUUGUUUUCUCUGCAACUCAUUCUUCUUCUUACAUCCUUCCUGAUCCUCCUUUCUUCAUCUGCUCUGUUGUUCCCUCCCUCUUUCUCAUCAGGAUGGGUCACGUGCCAGCCGGGACAGGAAGAAGACUGUGUCCUUCAGCAGCAGCCUGUCAGAGAAGAAGAUCAGCAGUGCUGCGGACUGCAUCCACUCCAUGGUGGGUCAGCCAGAGUGUGAUCCUUUAUGUAACAUAUAAGCCUACAUACCUUUACAUGAAUUAUUCAGUGUGUCAUGGAUGUAUCAGGGGUUUCUGUGUGAUGUUAUCACAGGCUACGUAUAGAUGCCUUCAAACACUCAACAGGGCAUGUCCAGAUAAAACAGAGUGAGCUGCAUUGAGAAUCAUUCGGUGACACCGUCAUGUGUUUUCAGGUCGAGGGGAGUGAGCUGAAGAAAAUCCGCACCAACUCCCGUGUUUACCAGCGCUACUACCUGCUGGACACAGGCCUCCAGGCUCUGUGCUGGGAGCCCUCCAAGAAGGAAUCAGACAAAGCCCGAAUCUCUCUGGCUUCUAUAAGAGAGGUCAGUGUCCGGAGAAAAGACUCUAAAUCAGCUCUUUAUGAAAUACCUCAUUGAUUCCUGUCGGGGCAAAGGAAAUAUUAACAACCUUGCGAAGUUUUGAAGACAGGGGAUGAUUCGUUUCAUUGUGUCUGAUCUUAAAUUCUAGGUACGGACUGGUCGUAACACAGAAACCUUUCGCACCAGUGGAGUUUAUGAGCAGAUUUCUGAGGACUGUGCAUUUUCCAUCAUCUAUGGGGAGAUGUAUGAGAGCUUGGAUCUGGUGGCCAACUCUGCUGAAGUGGCAAACAUUUGGGUGACUGGCUUGAGGUAUGACUGCACAAAAAAGCUAAGCAUUCCCUUUGGAUGUGGUGUAAACUUUGAAAUGCGGCAGACACACAACAACACAUCAUCGACUGAGUUUCUAUCCUUUAAAAAUGUAUUCAGACUUUAGUGAAACACAAGAAAACUUUUACCUACCUAUAAACUCAAAUUUGUCAUUUUCUUUCCAGCUUGAUUUCCUUUGUAAUUGGUUAUAGCAGUUUGGUGAUACAUUAUCUUGGUGCAUACAAGUCAUAGCUUAAUUUUGCCCCAAAAAAGGGCCCAUUUUCAGCAAUUGACCAAUUAUCUAUUCAUCUAUAUCUGCUGUAAGUGAAGUGCAGCAGGAAGCACUAGAAAGGAAGCUGUGGGUCUUUUUCUCAAAGAGUGGAAAUUGAAUAUUUGCAUUUGCAUACUAUCAUAGAAAUCAGUAUGGGCCUACUCUCUUUUGAGUGCAGCACCAUCAAAUUAUUACUCAAAUUUACAUUGUGCAAAUAAAAAAAAAGAAAAAGAAACAGUGCUCAGUUAUCAUUCUGACGUUUAAGGAGGCUUGAUUGAUUCACAGCGCCAACUCGUGCCCUGAAUGGUGAGAGAAAACACUCCGUCUUAAGAUUUCCGCUGGCUGUAGUACAAGUAAAAAGGUGGUGAAGCAGACUUUGUCCGUCCUCCUCCACAGAAGUUUGCAGGCGCUGUGUUUUUCUGGAGUCUGGUGCUCCUGGACUCUGAUGCCACCGGGUGUGACCCGCUGGAUUUGAUCCAUGUCCAUGUGCGCCAUCAGUCACUGAUUACAGUGUUUUGUCUGGUGUGCCAUCACUGAUUGACCCAGAAUUUGAUUAUUGUUAUAUUGCUGACUAAUACUAUGCCGACUUAUCACAGCCGGAGCAGACUCGGGAACUCCUGAUAAUCUGUAUUAGUCAGUCCUGAAAAAACAACAUUGGUAGGGUGGAUUCCUAGACAUUUUGAGAUACUCUGUCUUACAGGCACCUAAGAAAGAGAGUGAAAGACACAUAGUGCAUGCUGAUGACACUGUUUUAUAAAAUCCAGAGACUGUGCUGUCCUGUUGUAGCUUUAGUAUGGACGGUUUAUAGAUCUAAUAGUGUUAAUAUCAUCUUCACUACUCUACACACUAAUCCACAUGCCUUGUCAUGUGUGGCACGUUGCUCUACUAGAUUUUUUUUAUCUAAAGUUUGGUCUGCUUCCUCUUUGGAAACUGGGAUAUGCCUGUGUAAAUGAAGGAUGUGUCUGUUUUUCACUCACAGGAAUCAAGUUGCCUUUAUUUUGAACUGCUCUGUAACAUAAACCAAGACUGUAGUCAAUUCAUUUUCCUAUAAAGCAGAAAAUAAAGACAUCAAAACUGAUCUGUAUGAAGUUCUGCAGGGCUAAAUUAAACUAUUAUCCUUCACAAGCCCUGUUGCUCUUGCACGUGCUGUUAUAAUUAAGUUAUGUUGGCAUACAAAAUAAACUAACAUUAGAAUGAGGGAACACAAAAAGAUUAUAUGUGGUUGAACUGAGCCCCUUUAAAGGGAUAUUCCGGUGUAAAAUUGAUUUAGGGUCAAACACACCGGACUGCCAAGUGAGACACCUCUGGAGAGAUGAAUGUUGCUGACUGCUUGCGUCUCUAGUUAUACCAACUUUAGUAAUGACUGCACGAUAGCACCCGCUCACCUCCAGCAGCCACUUGUUUGUCGGGGAGCCCCAACGAGUCGAUCACCAAGUGCAGCGGAGUUUCACAGCUCAGGGAAGAACAAUUAUGAUUGUUACUUAAUGGGAAUGCAAUCAGACCAAGAUGCUAAGGCAGAAAAACUACAGUCUGCAGUGCAAAAUGAUUAUGAUGAUGAUUAUUACUUCAAGGAAAUGAUCUGCUGCACUCGGUGAUCGACUCGUCAGGGCUCCUCCACAAACAAGCGGCUGCUGGAAGAGAUUUGGUGAGUUGUUUUUGGUCUCUUUGCUAAAGAAAUCAGGCAAAGCUGAAAAGAUGUUUGAUGGCUAGUACUAUGGCUAGGACCCUACAUGUACUGUUGAUUAAGUUAGGUGCUGUUCUGAGCAUUAUUUGUGGCUAUAGAGUGAUGUUUUGGUUGAGGUUUUUAUGUGGAAUGGUAGCCCGCUGUGUAUUGCUCUUGUGCGGUUGUUACUUAGGUUGGUAUAACUAGAGAAGCAAGCGGUCGGCAACAUUAAUCUCUCUCGGAAGUGUCUAACUCUGUGCUGUAGUGUGUUUGACCCUAACAUAAAUUUACGCCGGAAUAUCCCUUUAAGUCACUUGUUAGCUGUUGUCCUGAUGCUGUGUUAUGUUGGCAUACAAAAUAAACGUAAGAGUGAGAAAACAUUUAAAAAGAUGUAAUAUGUGGUUGAACUGAGCCCCUUUGACAUCACUCAAUCAUCAUGUCACUAUUUUAGGCUUUGCCUCUCCUUUCUAUUGAUUGUGUCGUGCAGAAUAGGGAAAUCUCAGCGGGGUUAUUUCUUUGUAAUGCAGUUUGAGAUGUGCUUGCAGGGAAGCGCUGUGACAGCAAAUGUGUUUUGACUUUCAGUUUAUUUUGCCAAAGCUGUUUUUCAUAUGACUGUCAUUAAAAUGUUCCUGGUGUAGAAUUGUGAGACAGAUUUCCUGUCCUACUACAUCUAUCAUUCUCUCCUCUCCUUCUCCUCUCGUCCUUCUCCAGGUAUUUAAUGCAGUACGGGAAGCAUGCCCUCGACAUGCUUGCCAGCAGUCAGGACAGUCUUCGUCAUGUCUGGCUGGAACAGUUGUUCUCCUCUGCUGCUGAUUCAGACAGACGGGGAGAGAUCGAGGAAGGGAUCCUCUUGCAGUCAGCUAUUAAGCUGAUACAGACAGUGAACCCUGGAGUGAACUUCAGCAAAAUAGAGCACAGGUUUAAAGAACUUCAAAGAGUCAGGGAGAAAAUGUGUGGGCUUACCGUGGAAAAUGCAUCUGGAGUUAAAGAGCUCGGCGAAAACAAACGAGUCACGGGAAGAAAUGAGUGUGUCACCAAGCAGGAGUUCAUCGAGGUCUUCCAUGACUUUUGCACACGUCCAGAGAUCUACUUCCUCCUGGUGCAGUUCUCAAGCAACAAGGAGUUCCUGGACACCAAAGACCUGAUGAGAUUCCUGGAGGCUGAGCAGGGCAUGGCUCAAGUGGGUAACACACAACAAGUUUGCAGAAUUAGACAUAUUAUGAAUCCAAGGUAGAAGUAGAGUUGACAUUAAAGCUCCUGUAAACAGUUUUUUCAUGUUCAUGAAAUAGCCUUGAAGCCUUUUAUGAUAUACAAAAGCAAACAAAACCAUCAGAGACAAGAAACUGGUGUGAGGGGAUGGGUGUGAGCCCCGUUUUUACAUAAAAAGACACAUUUGAUUGUCAGAAGUCAGCAGGAAAAGUUUUUUUUAUCGGAAAUUACAUCUUUAAUGUGUAAUGAUCAAGAUAAGCAAAGACUGCCUUGUCCACAGGGGGCGCCGAUACUGACACAAAGCGAAAGUUCCCUACAGGAGCUUUAAGUAUGGUUGUGAUAAUUGUUGUACUAGUGGAUGCCAAGUAUCUGCAAAUGUAGUUCAUAAGGACCUGAAACCUGACAGUGUAAAAUGAAUCAGGGCUCCUUGUGGUCUUGGCCUAUAUUGGCAAAACUAGGGGCUGGUCUUAGGCAAACCUAGACCUGUCAUAACUCUCAGAAAUCUUUAUCUAGUCACUGAUCUACGAGCUCUUUACUGACUGUUAAGUCUAAGUCUGGCAUACAUCCUUUAGAGCAGAUGUAGGCCAGGGUUUGUAGGGUUUAUAUAGGGCCACAUGAGAAACCUGAACUGUGUUGGAGGGCCAAACCAACAAUAACUUCAACUACAAAUCAGGGGGGUUCACACAUAAAGAACAGCAAACCCAGAUAAGCAACUACUAGUUAAAAACAAGCCAAAAAAAGCACACCCGUGACUCACGAGUUUUACAAGCGACUCCUGAGAGAAACAAGCUUUAGGUUUUUUAUAAUAAACAGACUUGGCAACUAUAAGGCUUCUACGUAUAUUUCGCAGAUGUUUAAACUUGUCUCUGUUCACGAAUCCAGAUCUAGGAUGUACGCACGUGCGUCCAAACAGAAACAAAACAACAGCUAGGUUUUCAAAAUAAUAGCAACACACUUGUAUAGCAUGUUGAUGAUUUGUUUGACGGACCUCACGAAGGACCGUGCAGGGACAUCCAUGAUGUGGCCCCCAGGCCGUAAAAUGCCCAGGUCUGCUUUAGAGGCUGUCUGAGGGUGGUCUAAAUGAGGCUCUGACUCAUGCAGAGGUGGCAUAGAGUAUGUGAGCCCACACACUAAUAAUUAGCAUUUACUGAUGAAUAAUAUUAAUGUAUCACACUCUAUAUCGUUCUGCAUCUCACAAGGAGAAAAGACAAGAAUUUAGCAGAACAGGGCCUAGAUAGUUAAGUACUCCACUUCCUUUUCUACUUUUGGAGACUCUGCGCAUCACAGGCAGGCCUACAUUCAGGCAGUGCAAUGUUCUGCACAGGACACAAUGAGCUCGUAAAGGUAUAGAUUGUUCUUUUUUUUUUUUUUUUCAUAGCACUAGAACAGCAAUGAAGAGGAGGAAAUUCUCUCUUUCUGGUUAUUCUGGAUAUGUGUGCUGCAGAAUUUUGGACGAGCUUCAAAGAAACUUCUAAGACCUAUUAUGAAAGCCUGAUAACAGAGAAAACAAGUCAGGCGUGCACUGGUGAUGAGUUAAUCUGAGUCCUCCAGCUGCUUGUUAUUAGUCUCUACUCAUUCAUUUUGUCCGUCGUCUGUGUCAUUCAGGUGAGUGAGGAGGCCAGCCUGAAGCUAAUCCGGUGUCACGAGCCAUCAGAGGAGGGCCGGCAGCAGGGAUACCUGUCGCUGGAUGGCUUCACCAGCUACCUCACUUCUGCAGAGUGCCACCUCUUCGACAGGGAGCACGACACAGUGUGCCAAGACAUGAGCCAGCCUUUGUCCCACUACUACAUCAACUCCUCCCACAACACCUACCUCAUAGAGGACCAGUUUCGAGGUCCGUCCGACAUCUCUGGCUACAUCCGAGCACUCAGGAUGGGCUGUCGGUGUGUGGAGGUGGAUGUCUGGGAUGGCCCUGAUCAGGAGCCUGUUGUGUGUGUCGGACACACGCUUUCUCCGCCGCUUGUCCUGCGUUGUGUGCUGGAAGCAAUCGGAAAGUUUGCAUUCGUGGCGUCGGAUUAUCCAUUAAUUGUAUGUAUUGAGAACCACUGUUCACUUCAGCAGCAGAGAGUCAUGUGCCAACAUCUUACAAGGAUAUUUGGGGAGAAGUUAUACACUGAGACUCCAGACAAAGAAGCGUCAUAUCUUCCAUCGCCAUGUGACUUAAAGCAUCGAAUUUUACUGAAGGGUAAAAAGUUAGAUGCAGGUCCUGAUGGGCAUGACGGGGAGGUAAGUGAAGAGGACGAAGGAGCGGAGAUGUGCCAAAGGAUGAAAGCAGCUAACAGCGCCGGGGCUGCACCUGGAGGUAAUGAGAAGGAUGUGGUGCAGAAAAACGUCCCUUUAACACCAGUCACUCAGCCUAGCCCUGUUUUUCAACCCCCUAAACGUUUCCAACUCUCAAAGGAGCUCUCCGAUCUUGUAACUCUUUGCCGCUCAAUAAACUUCACUGACUUUACAACGUCAUCCAAAUGCCAAAACCCUUGGGAACUGUGCUCCUUUCACGAGUCUCUGGCUGUGCGUCUCGCUGGCGAGAGCCCUGGUGACUUUGUCAAUCACAACAAGCACUUCCUGUCACGGGUGCACCCCAGCCCGAUGCGUAUCGACUCAAGCAACAUGAACCCUCAGGACCUGUGGAAGUGCGGUUGCCAAAUUGUGUCUAUGAAUUUCCAGACAGCAGGACUGAUGAUGGACCUGAACACAGCCUGGUUCAGGCAGAACGGGAGCUGUGGUUACGUCUUGAGGCCGGCCAUCAUGAGGCAGGAGGUGUCGUACUUCAGUGCCGACACCAGGGACACAGUGCCUGGUGUGUCCCCACAGCUGCUCCAUGUGAAGGUGGGUGAUAUUUACCAUGAUGAUUGUGGGUAAAACUACCAACAAGGACUACAGUUCUUCAUUUUGAUCUUUCCUCUAGGUGAUUAGUGGCCAAAACCUGCCUAAGCCAAGGGGUUCGGGGGCCAAAGGUCAUGUGGUGGACCCGUACGUGUAUGUGGAGAUUCACGGCAUCCCUGCUGAUUGCACAGAGCGACGCACCAGGACAGUGACCCAGAAUGGAGAUAACCCAAUCUUUGAUGAGAGUUUUGAGUUCCAGAUCAACCUUCCUGAGCUGGCCAUGGUUCGCUUUGUGGUGCUGGAUGAUGACUUUAUUGGCGAUGAGUUCAUAGGUUGGUGUCAGGGGGGCGAAGAUUAGACCAUCAGUGGAGUCAAACAUUUAUAGUUUAGGUUUAAUGGAUUUGAAAUUAAUUUAGAUCUCCUUUCCAGGUCAGUACACCAUCCCUCUGGAGUGUCUUCAACCGGGAUACCGACACGUACCCCUCCAGUCUCUGACGGGGGAGGACCUCAUCCACGCCAAGCUGUUCGUCCAUGUGGCUCUGACCAAUCGGAGAGGAGGAGGAAAGCCUCACAAAAGAGGUCUGUCAGUGCGCAAGGCACGCAAAGGGAGGGAUUACCCGGCUCUGAGAGACUUGGGGGUCCGGGCUGUCGACGAGGUUUUCAAGAUGGCGGCUCCUCUGCUGAGAGAAGCAACCGACCUGAAGGAAAACAUGCAGGUGAGCAGGAGGUCUUCAUUAUGUGACACAGUCUUUAAACCUUUUGAGUUUUUAAUAAUUUCAGUGGUAUUCUAAAUAAACUUUUAGAGAUAAAGUUGUUUUAAUGAUUUAAUGUGGUCAGCAUGAACACUGACUGAUCUCAAAGUUAAUCCAUUUUGUGCUUUUGAAUUUAAUGUUUAUAUUCAACAUCUUUUAUUGGUCAGGAACAAUCAAAUGUCAAACGGGAAACCAUUGAUGUUAUCUGCUUUAUUUCCUUCAUCAUAAGACAAAAAGAAAAAAACAGGUUGUUUUUUCUCCUCCUUUGUUAUUCAAUCUUAAGAGAUGAUUCAUCGUACUGAUAAGAAAAAAAGAGAGAGACAAGAGCCACAAGCAAUGAAUUUUCUGCAAUUUUUCAAAGCUGAUCUAACCUUUAUGAGCCGGGGAGCAAUUUGUUCUGUUGGCGCUUGCGUCAGCCCGGGGCCAUUAAACAAUAAUUAUAUGUUCAGUCAGUGUGCUGAGACUGUUGGCAUGUGCAUGUCUUGAUUUCUUCCAUUUAAGGUUUAACAACUACUACAGCUAAACUGCAGGAGCGAACAGCAGGAGAGCUAAUCGGUGGAGGGAGGGGAAAAAUAAAUAGCUCCGUCACAGUGGCAGCUUUUGAUCACCUGUGUGUUUGAGUGUGAAAGACAGAGAGUUGUACAUGGAGUGAGGACAAAAUUUCAUGUGAUUUUAUUUAUUUAUGUAGCCUGCGGUGUUUUUCCCAUCAGAAGAAGACAAAGAUAGACUUUCAUGUGUCAUGUUUUGAAGGCUUCCUUUGUGCUCCUGCAGAACUCAGUGGCAGUGUUCAGAGAGCUGUGCGGAGUGUCGGCAACAGCCAACCUCAUGCAGUGCGUACUCGCUCUGGGCUCCAGGGUGUCAGGACCAGAUGGGGCGCCCUUACUACUGUUCGACGUCCGGGACCACUACCCAAGCCUGGAGCCCCAGGGGCCCUUACCAGACGUCCUUCGCCGGGUUGUCUCCACAUAUGAAAUGGUGAGGAAGGAAGAAACCGGCACUUCAUGUACUUAUGAUAUACUGUAUAUGUAAUAUACAUUUAGAGGAAGGAAAGGCCAAACAAAAGCAACACAGAUUAAAAAAAAGACUCCUCCCAUCUCCUGUCUGCUUGAAUGAACAAUAUAAAACCCCUGCCCCAGACAAAAGUUUCCUUUUUGGCCAAGAUUUCCACAAACAGACGGAGAGAGCCCUUGUUGUCAUGUGGCAGACAAUGUUCCCAUUUGUCCCAGCUGUAGAAAAGACACAUAAAAACUUAAGUGACGAUUUAACCUUGGUCUAAAAGCUCUGUGUGUCUCCACCCAAACAAACUGUAAACUCUCAUCGACCCAGGAGAAAGUUCCUUAAUGGAUUAAUUUAUGUAAUGGGCCUUGAAUAAAUCUAGUUGUAAAGAAAAGGAAAGGAGAGGCAAGAGAGGACAAAGAAGGCGGGGAGAGGUGACAGUGAAUUGGUCUGUUUGUGAGCAGCAAGUCAGAGAAUGAAUCAGCGUCUGUGUGCAGUAUGUCAAGGUUAAGACUUUAAUUUAAGAUGCUUUCACUUAUCUUUGUAGCUGCAUGUGUGAAUUCAAGCAGCUGCAAUUUUCAACCAAACUUAACCUGGAUUUUUUCCUGCAAGCACCGUAAUAAAAUAUCCAUAUGAAGCACGUGAGCCAGCAGGUAGGGGCGAUGAUAUUUGUACCAUGUGACCAGUGCAAACCCAGAACAGCAACAUAUAUGGAGGUGAAUAACAACAUCAAGAAGAUAAGGACGUGGAAUCAAAUUCAAGACAAAAACAACAAAGAUGUCAAAUUCUAACUUAAGUUUUAUUGAUACUGAUGCAAGUAUUUAACUUUGAACGCUCCAUAUUGUGGAGCAAAAAGCCUUAAAAUGCAGAUAUUUUAAAAGAUAAAAAGAGAUUUGUAAUACUUCAGUUUAUCUGGCUUUUUGCAUGAAGCUCACAUUUAAGCAGGAUUAAGCCCUUUACUUUUACACGACCAUUUCUAACGUCUCUGCCCCCGCACGCUCACAUACACUCAGAAAUCUUCCUCAUGCUAGUCGUGAUCUGAAGGAGAGGAGAGAGCUUUUAAAAUGUACACGGUGAAGCCAGUCUUAACUUUUUUAUUAUAUCCAAUAACAGAAUACUUUGCCAUCUGGACCGCGCAUAUGGCCCCAUGUUACUGCGAAAAGUUUGCAUAAUGAUACCGAUGGCACCAACCAAUCAUGCACCUGUACCAAAAGACACCAGUUCUUCAUUCCCAGCUCCAGAGCUCACUAAUCACCUCUUCUUGCAUAAACAAGCAACUUCAAAACAGUGCUUCAAAAAACUUUUCAGAAAACUUUAUGAUUGUGUCUGUGAAACCGCUUUAACCUGUAUAAAAGAUAAACAACAAGACAUCUCUGCAGAACUAAAGACAAUAGAUUUGGAGUUCCCUGAAUCUAUUUCUGCAGUGGGGCUACAGGUAGUUGUCUGAAGCGUAUGUGUGGGUAAAUGUUUGUAUCUGUUAGUUGUGUCAUUACAAUAUAAACCUAUGCUGAGCUUUUACAGUAUCUGUCUGCAGCACCCACCUCUGCACAAAUAUGCUCUGCACACUGAUGCACACACAAAGGAGGAUAUAAUCAAUAAGCUUCUGUAGCUACAUUGAUAUUUGAAAUGCAAUGCAUGAUAAAAACAAGUUAUUUCAACACCCGUACUCUACAAUACAGUUGUUGAGCAUGGAGUUGUAAACGUUUGUAAAGUAUCAGAUAACAAAUAUAAACCAAACUUCCCAGAAAGAUGAAAAUUAUGACUUAAAUUCAUGCAAUAGGAACAGAGUUCCUACACAGGUGGAAUUUCCAUACUUUUCCAUAUCCUUCAUUUUAGAAUUAUUUUUUGGAAAUACCUACUUUUCUGUUUUAGAAAACAGUAUUUUAUAACUGUGGUAAUAGUCUGGAAACAUAAAUAUUUUUCCAGACUUUAUUUUUUAUUUUCCAUACUUUUUAAGACCUGGAAAUUGAUCAAAUUUAUUUCCAUACUUUUCCAUACUUGCAUAGGAACCCUGUAAGAACCAACUCAGAACAGAGUACAGAAUGCAUGCCUGUAAAAGUCUUAUUUAAAAGUGUCACCCAGGUCCCAUCUGUUAACAUGGAGGCUUUACGACUUAAUGUAGCCUUUCAGUAGGAUGAGCAGUUUUGGCUUCACAUUUGGGAAGCUACACUGUGCCUCACCAUCUCCUUUUAUUCCCUCUGGGUUUGGUGUGACUGCGGCUGACCACCACGAGUGUUUUUCCAUACAGAUGUGGUCCAGCACUGGUUGAAGUGUUGGUCUGACUUGUGUUGCUGCAGUUAACAACAUUAAACCCACUGUUUUUGCUGUCUGGCUUCUGCAAUACUUUUAAAAUUGAUAUUUACUCAAAGUGCACUUCUUCACGUUUCAUAUUGGAUAUUCCCCAGGAGACUCGUGGGCGGGGUGAUGGACAGUCAGUAUGAAUUGCCAAUUUAGAAAUGCUGUCCAGUGAGCAGUAUGUGUGCGUUAUGAGUGAAGGAGAGCAACAGAAGCAGGCUGCAGUGAAGAUAAAUGGAUCUGUUUCUGGCCUUAUUAAGUUAUGAUAAAGGUUUCCAUGUAUAAACCGUGACACUUUAAUUUAACUCGGGCUGUUUGUCACUGCUACGCGACCAGCAACUGCUCAAGACCUGUGACUGUCUGUUUGUGUGCCAGUGAGUAAAAACACGCGCGUACGUUUGUGUGUGUGUGGUUGUGUGUGUACACUUCCGCUUCAAGCCGGGCGUAACAGGGUUGAAAAAAAGCUCACCCUGGUGCUGAAUACCAUUAGCAUAGAUUUGAAUGGUGCUCAGCUAAAUAGAUUCCACACCUCAAUCCUGAUGCCUGCAGGAAGAGGCAAAAAAACAGACACAGGAAAUCGGGAUAAAUGUGUGUAUUUGCACAUGUGUGAGUGUGUUUGUGUACAGUAGAAUUGAAUCCGGUCAAAGUGGUGUACUGUAGUUAAUCCCUUAUUUGUCGAACAGCAUUUUCCCCCCACAGAGAGGUCAUGUCCCAGCAGGCUUUGUUGUGAGAGGAGGAGCAGAAUUAAUCAGGCAGAAGCAACUCCUGUCAUUCCCCUGCAUGUAUGCAUAUGUGUUUGUUUAUGCGUGUGUGUGUUUUGUGCAAGUGUCGAGCUGUUAAAUUAGUCCCUGUAGGCGCCUUCUCAUGCAGCCAGACUUACAUUUUUACUGUUCAUUUUGUGUUUUACCGCUAAAAGUGUACACUCAACAGGCCAUUACCUUGAUCAUAAUGAUAACAUAAUGCAAAACACAACAGUAGUAUCUGUUUGAUAGUAGGAAGCUCCCCUGUGGUUUAAAUCAACCUACGUUCACUGUUUAAUGAUUGGUUCUUUAAUGACGGACCAUUUGUGCUACACAAUGUGAUUUACGCACUGAAAACAAAGGGGCGGGAUGGGUUAAUGGUGUAUGAUGCUCUUUAAUUGUGUGUGUUUUCUAAUAAAUGCCUCUCUGUCUGCAGAUGGUCCAGGCGAGCCGAGCAGUGAUCGAGCUCUCCGAAGGAAUCUACGACAGGAUCCUGCAUGUGCAAACAAUGGGUGUGUAGGUUGGCGUUUUUGUGUGUACGCUCAUGUCAGUGUGUGUAUGUAAGGCUGGUAUGUGGAGCAUGUGUCAUUAUGUGUGUUAUGAGUGGAAACAGGCUGUGCUCGUGUUCUUAGGCCACUCAUGACAACUCCCACACAGCCUCUUUAACUGUGCUGGUACCCACUCAGCUGUGGCAGCUUGUGUCAUUAACUUAACAGCACUAUUUUUCUUUCUUUUCUUCUCCUGUCCUCUAAUGUUCUCUCCUUUUAUUCCCUCUAGUUCCUUCAUGAAGCACUUUAAGUGUCUUUUUCUCCUUUUCCUAUUCUGACCUCAUGCUUUCUUAUCUAUGCUCCUUCAUCCUCUCAUUGCUUUUCUCCUCCUCUAUCUAAGCUCCUACGUUUUAAAGCCUAGACUCUCAAAGUGUCCUCUUUUCUCUUCUUCCAUGUCUUCUCUGCUCUUUUUAAUUUCUUCACUUCAUCAUAUUUUCUUGCUUGUUUCCCUCAGUACUCUCCACUUUCUCGCUCAUCCUUUCUUUCUAUUCCUCUGAUGUUUUGCCCCUUAUACUUCUGCUUUCUUAUGUCCCCUCUGCCUGUCCAUUAUAUUUUCCUUUCCUUUCCUUUCCUUUCCUUUCCUUUCCUUUCCUUUCCUUUCCCUUUCCUUUCCUUUCCUCAAACAUCCUUUCCCUAUUUUCCUCUUUUCCUUUCCUUUCCUUUCCUUCCUUUCCUUUUCUUUCAUUCCCUUCCUUUCUUGUCUGUUGUUUUCUUUUCAUUCAUUUCCUUCCUUUUCCCUCCUUUUUUCUUUCUUUCUUUCUUUCUUUCUUUCUUUCUUUCUCUUUCUUUCUUUCUUUGUUUCUUUGUUUCUUUCUGUCUUUCUUUCGUUCUGUCUUUCUUUCUUUCUUUGCUUUCCGUCCUCCCUUUUCUUUUCUUUCUUUCUAUUUACUUCCCUUUUAUUUCCAUUCUUCCCAUCUUUGCAUUUCCCUUUUCCCUUUCAUUUCCUUCAUUCACCUGCAUUUUAUUUUUAUUAUUUUUUUCCAUCCUUUCCUUAAAUUUCCUUUCAUUUCCUUUUUCUUCUUUUCUUGCAUUUUCUUUCUUUGUAUUUCCUUCCACCUCCUUGUUUAGAUUUACCAGAUUUUCAUGUUUUAUUUUAUUUCCUUAUCUGUUUUCCCUUUAUUUCUAAAUCCUUUUUUUUCUUUUUUUCCUCCUUUCUCUUUCUGUUUCAUUACUUUCUUUACUCUCUUUUUUCACACCCUCAUAUACUUUGUGCUCCCCUCUUAUUCUUGCUUUUUUCCUCUUUACUAUUCCUGGCUUUUCUCUCUUCUUUAUUUUUUGUUCUUUUUCACGUACCUUCCCCUUCCAUUACCCUUUUCACUGAGUGCACCAUUACCAUGUUGUCACUCUGUUUUCUUAUUCUUGUAGCGUCUUCUCGCCUCGCCCUGCUCUCCUCUUGUUGUAUCCAUUUUCCUUUUACACUUAUCUCAUUUCCAUGUCUUUCCUCUGAUGCCCUUUCCUUCAUUCUCUUGUCCUCACCUCACCCAGGGUAUUUGUUCGGUCCUGUCCUCUACACACAGUCAGUGCUUUCAGACGGUUAUGUGAGUCUCUGACGGGCUCACUUCAUUUGUAUGUUACAAGCGGACUGAUUUGAAAUUGACACGUCUCCCAUCAUCGAUCACCCUUAAGCCGAGGGCAACACAUCUGACCAGCCAAUAUUAUUUCUGUGAUCUUUGGCAGAGGUUUGUUUACACGGCUGGGCCCCGGGGGUCAUCUGACAUUAGUCAGCCAGACUGUCGUCACUGUUGGGAUAAACAGACGCACACAUCAACACACACUUUACCCUCCCUCUACGUGAUUCAGUCUUCAGCUGUCACCCUGGAGACAGUGUGAUUGACAUUUGGAAGCAUUCACCAGAGAGUUUGUGCAAAAAAUAAACACAUUCACUUUUUUUCAAGACUCUCUGGGUGCUAGAUUUGAAAAAAGCUGCAACUAUACACGUCAUCUGUUUUUAAAAAGUGGCUCUGGAGAUGUUUACUCGAGCAUCUUUGGGUUUUAUUAGAGCUUUGUUGACAGUCUUAGGAGCUUUUUAGCACCACUCUUGAGAGGAGUGUGAAUACAUAAGAGGUAAUGAAGGAGGAAUUAAGAUGAACCUGAAGCGAGGUGAUAUUUCGAGGGGAGGAUGAUGAGUCAGUUGGGCCCAUUGAGAAGACAGGGGAAGUGUUAGACGGAGAUAAAUGUUGUUUACAGAUUUGCAGACAGCUCCUCUUUCCUCCCAGACAGUCCACCCUAUCGCUCACUAAACUUUAUUCCAGGUUCUUCCUCACAGCAGCUUCUUUUCAUGAUCAAAUCAUCUGUGACAUAUUCAUUCACCUUAAGCUCAGUUCUCAUUCACUGCUAAAAUACUGUUUAACCGCAUUGUUUCCUGUCAUAUAUCUUCAGUUUCUCGUGCAAUCACAUGCAGGAAAAGUGAAAAUGGUUCAGCCUUGUGCUUGAUGCCAGCACGUUCACCUGAUAAAGAGCAGCCACAGAGCCUGAGGCCUGAUCGCAUGAACAAAGCUCUUCCUGUGUGCGCAAAAAAAGAUGGCGAUCAGGUGAUCCCUAGGUGGCGGUCCUCCUCUGAGCCUUGCAAGAGAGGGAGGGCAGCCAAGAGGAAUAAGCAGGUCACCGGGAGGGAGUCGUGGGACGGCUGGUGGCAGAGAUGGAUGUCUGGAAGUUACAUCAGAGCAAAGAGAUGAAGCGCAGAGGGAGAAGCAAACCGUGGGAAGAUGAAUGGCAGAGAUAGAUAGCUGGAGGCAGCGCUGUGAGGAAGACAAGAACACCAGGGGAGAAGAGAGAGAGGGAGAGGAUGCAUUUUAGUUUGAGGAUAUGUUGCAGGGUUAAAGGGCUGCCUCACUUUCAAACACCUCUCAGUCUUGCCAGUGAAUUUUAGAUUAAAUCGCAGCAAAGAUAACUUGGCAGAGGGCUGAAAACCAGCAGGGGGGGCCUCCAUUUCUGCUUGAAAGUUGCAUGUCUGUAACUCCAUCCAAGAGUGAUGUUGGUACCCAGCAGCUGUCAUCUGACAACAAUGGGAUGAAGGUCAGCUCCUUACUGUUACUGGUGCAGCUAGAAGUCUUAGCCAAGUCUUCCUUUUUUACUGGGCUGCAUUGUCCGGUUAGCAACUGGAGGGGCAACCAUGUGUUUAGGUCAACAGCAAAGUUGGAGCACCGAGGAUGUUAGGGGGGUUUGUUAACAACCUGAGUUUACAUCAGCUGUUGACUCCCUACAGCGUCUGGGGGCAGCAGCCAACUUUCCGGGGCUUCCGGUGUAGCCAUCUGCUCACAACAAAGUCCUUUCUGCCAAGACUUUCUUUUCAGUCCUGGGCUUUAUUUACAGUUCAAUUACAGACUUGAAGUAGAGAAUGGAGUCAGAGUGUAACUUAUCACACUUUUACUCAGACCUCUGUUCACAGAAACGUAAUUCUAUGUAAUUUAUUACAGGUAUUAGCAAUUACUACCUCCCAUGGGAGCUGUAUGGAAGCCUGUUUCUGCUAAAUCAAAUCAAAAAUAGAGAGAGGGAGACUUGGCCUUAAUAAAAAAAUGAAAAAUCCUAAACACAAAGUCAUUAUUAUGAGAUAAGAAAGUAAAGAAAAUCAAAUGUUGAAAUUAUGAGAUAAAAAUAAGAUAAAAUAAUAAAAAUGAGAUUAAAAAAUCAUAGUUAUAGGAUAUGAUUGUGACUUUUAUCUCAUCAUAAUGACUUUUUCUCUCAUUAGUAGGACUUAUAAUCUCAUAAUUUUGACUUCUUUUGUCAUAAUUUUGACCUUUUCACAGUUUUAAGUUACUAUCCAAAUCAUAGUUAUGACUUUUAAUCCAUAAUUUUGACUUUUAACUCAUAUUUAUGAUUUUUUCUUAUAAUUAGAUUAUUUUUUUCAAUAUAUUCUGACUUACGUCAUUAUUUUGACUUUAUUUAUUAUGAUCUCAGCAUUUUUUAUUCAUAACUAUAACCUACUGUCUCAUUAUUUUACUAUUCUGCUAAAAUCUCAACCUUUUACCUUUUGAUUAUGUCCUACUACCGAUAAAGACUAUCCCAAAAGUUUGUCUUGCCAUCUCAUAAUUACAAUUUAUUUUUCAUAUAUAUGACUGAAUAUUUUAGAUUUUGUAUGAACAAGUCUACCUUUUUUGUUUUCAACUCGUGAAAACAUUAUUGUAACCACACUCAGCCCUUUGUGCUUUCCAGCCACUUUUCUUUAAAACACUUAUGAACAGUACUCUUCAUUCUGCAAACAGAAAUCACAACAUCUCUAAAACCAAAGUCCAGUCACAUGCCAGCAGAUGCUACAUUAAAAAAAGAAAAACUGUAGAAAAGGCUUCAUUAGUACUUUAAUUUCUCACUACUUUGUCACAGUCUGGAGGAAUUUUGGGUGUACUGGCCCUUUAACAGCCUCAGCUGAGCAGCUCCUCUGACUUGUGUAGCACCAAGAAACACAUCUGUUUACAUAGAUUUACCCUUCAUAAACACAAUUAUAUGUACAGUAUAUGCCUUGUUGUCUCUCCCCAUCAUGCCUCUUCACAGGUCACGUAGAGGACAGGAAGUGAAGGUUUUGUACUUCCUGUUAUGCCUUGCUUGGCAGCCCCCUGAAGGUUAUUUUGGCCUGAGGGUCAGGACCCCGUUACUGUGUCUGCACACUGUCCCAGGAUUGGCUUGGAAAUAAUGUUCUCUCCAUCGGCUUCGCUUGGUUUCACUGGGAAAUAGAAACACACUCAUACACACUCACAUACACACACUCACACACACUACAUUGGCACGUAGGCUUUGAGUUGCCUAGCAACCGCCUGCUAAAGGUUAUUAUUCAGGCAACUUCUGUAGGUGUGUGUGAGUGUGGAGCAGUUACAUGGCAUGUGUGUGCAGGUGUGUCCACGUUUGCAGCCGGUUAGUGACUGAAGGGGAUUAUGGGUAAGGAGUUGGUAAAUUAUACUCGAAUCAAAUUUGUGUACACUGAGUGUUUGUUCAUGUGUGUGAGUGUUUGUGUUUACAUUUGUGUGUGGUCCAAAGCUUGGCAUGGCUGGCGUCUGGGCUCUCGUUGAUGGCUUGCAGCAAUGUGUGCCCCGUGUUAACCCACUUCCGGGUUUCCAUGGUAACAGUGGGACAGUGGCCCGGGGCGGUCAGAGGAAGCCAGACACACAACACAACUCAGUGCGCACACUGGAAGUGGCUGCUGGCCUCACUUCUAUGACGCUUUUUCUCUUUCUUCUCUUGAAGUGUUUGCUUUAAUCCCUCGCUCACAUUUUUCAUUCACUUCCAUUAUUUCUUUCCUUUUUUUAUUAUUCGCACUCAGUUCCUUUUCCCCUCUCUUUGAUGCCUAAAGUUUGUGUAAUCUGGCAAAGUUGGAAAGACUUGAUGUAGAAGUUGGACUCCAGCAUGAAUUUCAAUAAGCAGGGAUUAAUUAGGAGUGGAUAACAAUAUUAAGUGUGGGCGGAAACGAAGUUGGUUGAUAAGAGUCCUUGAUGUGAGCGGCUUCAUUAAGCGUAGGCUUGGAUGAAGACGGGAGAUACUACAGAAUUUCCCAACUGUGGUGGAGGAAAGCCUGCAGGUGGAUGAUGCAAACACUCGGACUAAAGUUUCACUGACUUUUUCCACUAUUUUACAGUUUAAACAAUGCAAAUGUUCGGCCAAAGUUAGAUUUACAGAGCAGCACGUUUUAAGCUUGUCUAUAUUUUUCCACUGUUGUAUAAUGUGUGCAGUGCCCGUGGUGAUAGUUGUAUUCUGUGUGUGUGGGUUUUAAUACCUGAAAGAGACUGGUGUGCUCAAAGCUGUAACUGAUGAGCUCACAGAAUCAAACUCAUCCGUGUCCCCUGUUAAUUACAGCUACAGCGCUGAUAUGCUGACUCUGUAACAUCAUCUGUUGUUAAAUGAUGACAGUAGCUUUAUUUGAAAUGAGAAAAGAGAACCAGUCACACCUUUGGAGAUUAAAUAUCCAGCAGUCUUACGAAGCAAAUCCACAAGAAAGACUCGAUAGAAAUAUGUAAAUCCCUGCAUCAGUGGUUUAACAUACAUUCAUUGACUGUAAAUCAGCUUUGACUAUGUUCUCCAGCAUGCGAACAUGCUAAACAGCUUCAGUCCAAGUUUAAUGCAUGUAUCCUUCUUAAAUAAGCUGCAGGCUUAAGGACAUUGUCGUUGUCCAUUAUUUUUAUGCAAAUUAUGGUAGUUAAACUUAAAUCAGUGACAUGAAAGUUAAUGUUGGGGCUUCAUGAUACUGUUGUUUAAGAGAACCCAAGACAUUUGGACAACAGAUCUCAAGAGAUCAAUUUGGGUGCGUUAAAUGAGCUGAGUUGACACCAAGCAGAUGGCAACUGGCAGCAAGCUGGUCCUCACAACAGUGACGGAUGUAAGCAUUGUUAUAUGGUAAAAGCAUUUAAGAUUAUAGGGUAACUUAAGUAUUUUUCAACCUGGGCCCUAGUUUCCCAUGUGUUUGACUGACAGGGAGAACAUUUUCCAUUAUUGGUCCAGUAUUUAGAGAGAGCUGAGCAGCCGGCAGCUGCAAACCAGUUAAAAUGUAGUUGACCAGGCAAUUACCCAUUGUAGGAGCCAAAAUAUAAUUAUUGAAAGUUUUAUUUCUGUAGGUACAUCACUUCCAGGAUCGUCACUGAGGGGUGUGGUUUUGGGAAGUUUGGCGGGUUAUUUAAAAACUCACAGGUGUAGUCAGACAACGGGUUUAAUGAGCACUGAUAAUUUUCUGUUGACUGUUUUUGACCGUUUCUCAUUGUUUUUCACCGAUUCAUUCAUUCAUCCUGUUUUGACCUCAUUUCACCUUUUCAGUUGAAGGCAAAAGUAUUGGACCCGGAGCAGCGUGUUUUCUUCCCCCUUUUUGAACAAUAAAUCAUUUUUUCUAACACUCAAAUUGGACUGAUCAUUCAAGCGAGUCACAGUUGUAAGCGAACCUAAACCCCAGCGGCCUUUUUUAUUGAAGGAAAGCAGUCGCUACACCCAUCCUCAAACUAGAAGUGCAAUCAACACAAAAGUUCCUCACUGAAGCAUUAAUGUUGCUGAUGUCUUGAUAUGAGCUAUUAAAGUGAGAAAAAUAAUAAUAAUCUGAUUAUUUCUUUCUUUAUUCAUUUAUUUAUUUAUUUUAAAUUUUGCAACCUUUGGAUUUUGUAGAAACUGCUUUUGCUUAUAUUUUCCAAAGCGAAUAAUGCAUUGAACGGGCUAAAGACACCAAGGUGGAAAUAUGACUUAAAGCUCCUGUAAGGAACUUUUGGUUCGCACCAAUUUUAGCAACCCUUGUGGACAAGCAGUCUAAGCUUAUCUUGUCCUCUAGAUGCUAAAAUUAUGGCUUUGACCAAGAAUCUCAUCUUUCUGGCUUUGUGUGUCACUUAUUCUGAUUAUUUUAUGAGGAAAUUGCAAAAACUGGGCUGUGUCAAUAGCUGCCCAGUUUACAUCUACCGCCUCUCACUACUUUUAAGGAGAAAAGUUACAGUAUAUGAAGUGUCAGUCUUGUUUCUGAGAGUUUUGUUUGCCCUUUGAACAUAAAGAAAAAAACAAACAAACAAAAAAAAACACCUGUAUGAAUUUAAGUCGAUCUCAGAAAUGACAAAAAAAAUCCUUACAGGAGCUUUAAACCUUUUAUAGAGAACAAAAUCAGUAAUAAGACAAGAUGUGCCAAACUCAACUCUAGGCUUAACUUGUGCACAGAAGCUUUAUUUUUCUUAAUUUUCUGAAUUUUUAUUUAUUUAUUUUUCUUCUCAACAAAUAACUGUUUCUCUUCGAGAUAGACCAAAAAAAAAAAGGUUGAAUCCAUCACUUGACUGCUUUUCAUUAAAUGACACUGUACGGUGUUAAAUCUCAUGGAUUAGUGGAUUAUCUCAUGGAUAACUUUUACAUCUUGAAUUCUUUUAAAGUAAGUGUCAGAACAUUCUCCUCUAAUCUGCCGUUCUCUCCUCUCCUGUGUUUUUUAUCUUUAGCCAUGGAGUUUCAUGAGAAGCUACAGAGUCUGGCAACAAAGGAGGGGCUGAAGGGUCGUAAAGUCAGCCGAGCUUUAGAGAGUUUCAGCUGGAACAUCACCAUCCUUAAGGUCAGUGGCACACAGACACUCAAACACUCACACAGACACACACACACACACACACAAACCCAAACAGCCUCCAGGAAAGACUGUUCGAGACUGCCUCUGCCUCAAGCUGGCUGCUCAUACCUCUGCCCUCCUCUUCUUUUUUUUACUCUCUCUGUACUCUCCUUUCUCAGGGUCAGGCUGACCUGCUGGAGCAUGCCAGAGCUGAGGUGCAGGAGAACAUGAAGCAGGUCCAUGAUGCGGCUUUGACAGGAAACCUCACCAAGGAGAGUGCAGGAUUGAGGAGAGUGCGCUCGCAAACUCGCCGAGGACAGGAGGAUAAACCAAACGUGACUAGUUCUCGAGGACCCUCUGAAUAGCAAGAAAAUGACCAACACGUGAAUAAGGACCAAACUGCCAUCGUAGCUGCUGUCUUAAACCCCCUUUCCUGUCAGUCAACUUCUUACCCCGCCUUAGUGGAGGGCUUUUCUCACAUUUUGAGGGAGCUAAAGCAAGAACUGUGUUUUCAAGAGGGACAAAUGAGAGAGGAUGAAUGUAAAAGACGUCAAAAUGCAGCCUGAUCGCUGCAGAAGUCUGAGCUGAUAAAUGACACUGGAGGGACGAAUGUAGUUACAGCCAAGGUUCAGUUUACUGUAUUAAACUGUAAAUACUUUUAAGGUCUAUUAGCCUCUUCUUAUGUGCAAUUUGUCCUGAAAAAGCAAGAAAAAAGUUGUCGUUUUUCUGGCACAGUGAGAGACAAAAUAUGUUCAGAUCCUUUAAAAGAAAGAUUUUUUCAAAACUGCCACCUCCAAGUUAGUAAAAAUCUAGCAAUACCACAUGAGGAUUUAAUAUCAGGAAAUGGUCUGGGUAUGUUUGAAGGAGAUGCACUUUCUCAACGGAAGAUAAGCAGGACAUUUUUCUGAAUGUUUGAGGUCUUAUAAAUGUCUUGGACCUGUGCUGCCCCUGUGUGCCAUUUCUCCAAGAAGCGUCCCCCCGCUCUUCAUUCCUCCAUCUUUAUCCUCCUCAUUUCACCCUCUGAGUAGUGUUGCCUCACGUACAGUAUUCUAUAUUUUUGUAUUCCUCCUGAAACCUCUGUGCUAAUUAAACCACCGCUGCCGCCAUAUCGAUCCACUGGACUCGUUAAUGUCUGCCUUUAGGGAACAAAAAUCUUUACGUUUCAAAGUGCUUACUUUGUGUGCAAAACACUGUACAGUAUUUUAAUAUGUUAUCCAAUCCUUUUGCUGUGAAGAAUAUUUUACAUAAGUUAUUGAUCCUGAAUGAAAACAUUCCAGUUAAAGGUGCAGUAGAUGAGGUUUCGGCCUGAUCAGCUGCGACGGGAGUUGCAUUUCGUGAUCCUCCUUUACCGUCGUGAUGGGAAUAAAUAAGUUUUUAAAUAAAA